UGAUGGUUCGUUUUUGAAGAUAUGACUAUUUCGAUGGAUCACAGAAGUCAUAGAAAGAACUCAUGGGACUCUAAGAUGUCCGUGAGUACGGUAAGCACCGGGACAAGACAAUUCCGAAGAUCUCCCAGCUCGAUAUUAUCCUCGGAUUCGGAUAUCCGGUUCACAAGAAAAAAACUGACGUCGCAAUACCGAUGCGGUUGUUGUAUUAUAGCCACAUUUUUGAUGUUAAUGUUGUUGGCAGCUGCUGGAGUCUACAUAGCAUACACAUUUUUCCUACCUGGUGAACCCGAAGAACAAGUAUUUAGAGCUACGUUUAAAGUAAUAGAAGGUGACACUUUUUCCCCGGAAUUGGCAGAUCCGAGCACCAAAACUUUUAAAGUUAGAUCUAGAGAUUAUAAGGAAAGACUGAACUUACUUUUUAGAAGAAGUCCUAUUCGACAUGGAUACAUGGGAACAGAAGUACUUGCAUUGGACGGAACUGAAGACAAAGACUUAAUAGUACACUUUAACAUCCACAUAGACCCCUCUUAUAUCGACCUGACAACAAAAGAUAUAGAAGACAUCUUAGAGGAAGAAAUAACAGUUCAGGAAUCACUUUACUUCAAAAACUUGACCAUAGACAGCAACAGUUUGGAAGUGAAACCAAGCAAUCUUCUUUUAAUGACCACAACAACUCUACCAACUACAGUGGUGUCUCAAGCUGUAACCCAAACUCCAACACCUCCAAGGAGAUGCUAUCCAAGGCAGCUGCCUUAUUGCAAUAAGUUGCCUUAUAAUAUAACCACGUAUCCGAAUCUUUUGGAUCACCAGGAUUUGAAGGACGUCAAGGAUCAUGUGAUUGCUUUUAGGGAACUUGUGGAUGCAGAAUGUUAUAGGCAUGCAUAUGAGUUUGUUUGUCAAGUUCUACAGCCACCAUGUGCCAAAGGAGAGGAGGAAAAUGAAAUGGUCCUUCCUUGCAGAAGCUUUUGCAGAGACUUCAUGGCGGGUUGUGGCAGUCGAUUACCAGAAAAACUAAAAUCGCAACUAGACUGCAGCAGAUUUCCUGAGUACGGUGACAAGGGAACUUGUAUAACCAAACCUGGUUGUGUGGACGAGCUGAAAUCAAGAGCUCUAUCCCCCCGCGUCUGUGAUGGUACCAUAGACUGUCAAGACUUAUCGGAUGAAAAACCCUGCACCUACUGCUCCAAAAAUCACAUGCACUGCGGAAUUGGUAGAACCUGUAUUUCAAAGACAAAAAGAUGUGAUGGAAGUGUGGACUGUCCCGAUGGUAGCGAUGAAAGGGCCUGCUUAUCUCUUACUCCAUCUGUGGAAGAACUUAAAAAAGUUGACACCGUCACUCCACAUGUAGCAAAAUAUUAUUCGGAAGGAUUUGUGACGUUUAACGAAAAAGGGGAAGUGGGAAAAUUGUGUACAGAGAACUUAAACAACAGUCUACCUGCAAAUCACACCACGGAAGUUUUGCAUACUGUCGCAUCUUCUUUGUGCAAAACAUUAACAUAUAAAAACGUCAUAGCAGUUCGUGUGGAGAAAGAUUUCGAACUAAACGUUCCAUAUGUAAGCAUGAAAGAUCCAACAGCUUUAGAGAUCAGCUUCAUCCGAUCACCAUGUCUUUCCAAGCAAGUACUUAAAGUGGCUUGCUCCAACCUGGAAUGUGGGGUUCAAGCAACCCACGGUCCAACAGGCUACAAGACCCUACCGAAAAUGUCAAUGCACGGCGAUUGGCCAUGGCACGUGUCACUAAUGAAAGAAGACGUCCAUAUUUGCGAUGGUACGUUGGUUUCUGACGAAUGGGUUGCCACAACAACAUCAUGUUUCCAAGGACAACCAAAGGCCGAGUGGACUGCCAGAUUUGGCAUCAUUAGACUUUCGAGUUCUUCGCCGUGGGAGCAAGAGAGGAGGAUUGUUGGAAUGGUGAAAAGUCCAGUAGAAGGAAGUACCGUUGCUUUGGUAAAGUUAGACCAGCCCAUUACGUACAAUGACUUUGUGAGACCAAUUUGUCUUCCAAAACAUAAUAUGGCAUUGGUACCAGAUCUAGAAUGUAAUACUUUGGGCUGGGCUAGAAAUAGAGAACAACUACAGAGAGUUCAAGUUAAAAUAACAACCAUGGAAAAAUGCGAAAAUAUCAGUAUUUCCAAUACAAAUGGUCUUUGUACUGACACAUUGCAUGGGCAAAAUGACUGUGGAGAGGAAGAAUUUGCAGGAAGUCCUCUAGUUUGCAGGAUUAAAAAUCAGGAAAGCUGGACGUUUGUAGGAGUGACGAAUUGGAGAAUAGCUUGUUCCAAAAAUGGAAUGGAAAGACCAAGAAUGUACGAUAAAAUAGGUUCAAAUGUUAACUGGAUUUUGGACACUAUUAGCUCUAAGGAAUGAAAAAAAAACCUUUUCAAAGAGGCUAUGCCAAAAGAACUUAAGUGAAUGUGAUAUUCCUACUCAUUAAAAAGAAUAAUACCUAUAGGUAUAAGAAGAAUUAGAGUAAUAAAAAGAAUGAACUUUGUUUUGUAAAUAGUGCCAAUGUGAUUAUUUUUUUUUUGUAAAAAAUUGUUGAACAUUG